UUCCCACCGCUCCCCUCCCCUCCAUUUUCUUUUACCCGGGCUCUCCCUGUUCUCGCGGCACUGCUGUUUGCGGGAACGUGGGAAGAAGUUUCAGCGGCGACACUGAAUGCCAUCAGAGUCCUGAAAGCGGAGGGUGUUCUCCAUUCGGAUCCAAGCCUUCCUCCCUCUUCUCCCAGCGUCUAUUUGCUGUGAUGCCUUUAGAGCAUCUCCCUGCGCCCUGCCACGGUGUCUCCGAUUUGCAUACGCCGCACUCUGCUUCCCCUAUCCGAGCGUCUUCCCUUGAACUCAAAGGGACGGACGGGGGGAUGCCAGCACGCAUGUAUGUAGGGACAGAGCGGGACCGGAAUCUUCGCUCAUCUCCAGAGGCCGAGGAUCGCCCUGCGCAUCCGUGGGCCCCUCUCGGUCCUCACAGAGCGCCCUUUGUCCCACCGCACCGCUGGGGCAGCGCUGCCGAGGGGGUCCCGAGUGAGUGGGCGGAGGGAGGAGGCAGUCCCCUACUGGCAUGCAUACACACGUGCAUACAUACAUACAUACACGCGUGUGCGCGUGGCUGCGCUAGGCAUACACGAACCUCCGGCCGUCAGCCCGCCCCCAGCCCUCCGCCACCUGCCCACGCCAUCGCGCACGACUGCCACCGGCCCGCCCCGAAAAGGGCAGCGGGGAGCCGUUCUGACGCCCCUCACCUCCUCCCGCCCUCCGCGCCGCUCCGCGCACAUAAACUUCCGCCCUCAAGCCCUAAAACGCGGCGUUUCCACGCAGAUUGCGCGCCGCUGGUUCGCAGGAGGCAGCGCAGGAGCCUCUGCCGGCGGGAGGGCACGCAGCGCUUUGUUUGGUUCAGAGAAAAGUUACCCAAAAGGGCAAUGCCGCCCAAGGACAGCACUCGGCAGGAGCCGCUCUUCAGAUCGUAGCUGGACGAGGACACCUACAAAAAACUCCACCGUUCGCUGCACUUGUAAGUUUCCAAAGAAAUGCACGCCUCUUUCCCUUUUCUCCUGGAAGACGCAAGCCCCGGCUCUUCUUUAGGCAUUUCUAAUUUGUUCCGUCCGUCAGAGCGGCACUAAGAGAGGUUUGGUGCAAAUUCAUUAUCUCUGGCAACGCACAGCGCGGAGCAGAAACUGAAAAAAGACCGUGGCAAUGUGUGAACAAUGGGGCUUCAGUUCGUCGGCAACAAAA